GGACAGAGGUAUGUAUGCGUGUGAAAACUUAAAAGCAUAAAUAAUAUUAUUUUAAUUCAAACAUAAAUAAAUAAACACCAAAAGCCAGGUCCUCUUUGGAAUGUAGUAAUUCAUAUUUUUAAAUGAAUGAACGCAUUCAUAGUUGGCCAAGCCUCAAACCUCUCCUCCCCCUUUGGAAUACCCUGGCCUCAUGCCCGCCACUUAAUUGGCUAGACCGACUGUGGUAGGCGGAGCUGCAACAAAAAGCACGGGGACAAUAUAUAACCGAGCUGCAAAAAUGAAUCGAUUAAAAUAUGCAGGUGUUGAUAUUCUAGGAAGAACACUACACAUUAACUGUGGAAUUACUGCGCCUUGUUUGACAGUUCCCGUUGUGGGGUUUUGUCCGUGGACGUAAACAACAAUUGUCUUGUGGCAGAAGUUAUACUUUCAUUCAACUGUCAUUUGACAACAUGAGGACGUUAAUAUUGCUUGUUCUGUUUCAAAUGACGACUAUUGUGUUGGUGAGUGCUGGCUGCCCUGUGAUGUGUGAGUGCCCGGCUGGCCCCCCCUCCUGUCCCCCGGGGGUCAGCUCUGUACCUGACGGCUGUGGCUGCUGUAAGGUGUGUGCUGCCCAGCUCAACCAGGACUGCCACGACUCACACCCCUGUGACCACCACAAGGGGCUGGAGUGUAACUAUGGCAAUGACGUGGGCCACACUCAUGGCAUCUGCAGGGCGAAGCUCGAGGGUCGCUCCUGCGAAUACAACGGACGGAUCUACCAGAACGGGGAGAAUUUCCAGGCUGGCUGCAAGCACCAGUGUACGUGUAUUGACGGGGCGGUGGGCUGCGUGCCUCUGUGCCCCAGCCAUGUGCCCCUGGCAUCACACUCCUGCCCUGCCCCGCGCCUGGUCAAGGUGCCUGGGCAGUGCUGCCUCAGUAUCGACUGCCACAAGGGCUUAUCCGUUGUACCCUCAGUACACGGGCACCCACUGCCUCCAGCCCACCCGCCUUUACCCUUCAUGCCCUACCCUGCCUACCCCUACAAACCAUACCUCAAGCCGUACCACUACAAACCCAAGGAUACCAUGGGAAACGAGCUGGUGGAGGUAGAGAAGACGUGGGACAAGCUACGCGGGCACAAGCACCUGGCAGCAUGGAGGCAGUUUGGAGGGCAGUGUGUGGUCCAGACCACGAGCUGGUCCCAAUGCUCACGCAGCUGUGGGAUGGCCGUGUCCUCUCGUGUCACCAAUGACAAUGCCCGGUGUAAGCUUGUGAAGGAGACGCGUCUGUGCAACAUCCGGCCCUGCAGCUCCAUGUCCAUCCCCGUCAAGAAAGGGAGGAAGUGCUCCCGUACCCACAAGGCCCCAGAGCCCCUGCGUCUGUCCUAUGCUGGCUGCCGCAGCACGCGUCUCUACCGGCCCAACUACUGCGGCGUAUGUGUGGACGGCCGCUGCUGCUCACCCCGCCGCACACGCACCGCCUCCGUGACCUUUGCCUGCCCUGAUGGCGAGCGCUUCGACCACUCCGUCAUGUUCGUGCAGUCCUGCAAGUGCAGUGAUAAGUGCAGUCAUCUGAACGAGGUUGCCCUCCCGCCCCAGCAGUGGCUCUACGGAGACAUACACAAGUUCACCGACUAGC